CAUCCUGUUUACUGUAUCUCUUUAAUUUUGCCUCUAACCAAAUUUGCCAUUGAGCGCAUCACCCGGAAUGUGUCCGAUCUUGUUAGCACCUGGAAGCUAAGCAGGAUUGGGUCUCAAUAGUGCUUGGAUGGGUGACCGCUAUGCACAACAGAUUGCUAUAGGCUUCUGCGGAGCUAUGUUGUGAGCAGUAGAGGGCAGUGCUGUACUAUGUUUAAUCAUUUAUACUACCCACGCUCCAGGUCUUCACCAACCUGCACUGACCAAGAUAAUGAAGUAUGGUAAAAUAACUGCCGUGACCCACACGGUGUGGGUAGGUCCUCAUCUAGCAGUGGAUUGACAAAAGGAAUGUAUAUGGACGUAUCAUAAUCAUCACGAUCCAUGGGCAGAUAAAUCGAAGGUGUCAAACUGCACAGUUCAUCAUUUGUUUCCAAUUUCCUCUGUCUUGUGCCAAUAUGCUCAAGUCGUGCACAUCUUUCUGGCACCAAUCCUUUAUGUUGUCUAUCCCUCUAUAUCUCUUGUCUCUUAUAGUAGAGUGUUUUGCUGCUCUUUAAAAAAAAAAAUCCAGUGAUCCAUAAAUGCGGUAUCCUCCACUACAGCUGUUUUCUUUGACAAAAUGACAAUGACGUGCAGUAAUAAGGAGUGAAAUGGGCAUUCCUAAUUGCGCUGCCAGCUGGUUUCAGCAUCCGUCACAAUGGCAGAGCUCUUGAAACAUUUCCAUCAUAUGUUGCAGAUAGCUUUGUUCACAUUUAGUUUGGUCGGUGCUUGCAGACCAAAAAGGUUUGCUUGAAUUUUUUGCGUCAAUAUUAUUGAAAAUUGUAGCUAUCAAAAAUGAAAAGUUUCUGGUGUUUUGAGUAUGGUUCCAAUAAUGAAUAAUCAUGAUAGAAACAUUUGUGUUUAUUUUCAAAUAAAUAAUAAUCCCAACAUGCUGUAAUUUUGCACGAUUACACAAAUGCUCCAUAUUGACACAGCUGCUCAGAAGGACAUGCUGCAUCUUGAUUAAGAUAGUGUGAUAUGAACCAUGUAUAUCGUAGAUCUAUAUUCAAAAUAACUAUGUAUCAUCCUGAUAAACACAUGCAACGUUAGUGCAGAAAGCUGUUUGUUUCUAGCCGCGCACAAAGCUACACGGGUUGAAGUAUACGUAGCAUAAAUCGAAAUAACUAACCUUGAACUAUUAACCUUGGCAGCAGAAUGGUUUCUCCAUGGAGCAAAUUUAUUAUAUUUUCACAAUUUUUUUUUUCUUUUCAUCGGAACACCAGCAGUGAGCUGUUGACGUUAUGCCGCAUAUAGCUGCCGUGCGACCUCAGUCUCGCGGAAUGCAUCUGUGCAAACAGGCAGCCCAGGCAGCCGAUCCCUCCCUCCCGCCCCUCUAGCAUCGGGCGUUCGUGUGGAAGAGCUUCACUCCCUGUUAUUGUGCUGCUUGCUCGGCAGGAAGUGAGCAGCUGCACGGCCUUCCCAGGGGGAGGCCUGCGGCCAGGGCGCCGCUCACUUCCAUCGCUGUGGCGGUUUUUUUUUGUUUAACGUAAAAGUUACCACUGAUGUUUACAUUUGUAAAAAGAGGAAGGCUUGAGCGUGUUAAGUUUAUUGGUUUAACCAGGUGAGAACUCAAGAGACCAGGAUAUUCUCAUUUGCAAGAGUGAACUGUGUCACGAAAAAUGAAAAAAGCGAUAUUAUGAAAUAAAUGAAGAAAAUAGAAAUUAUGGAGGAAUAAAAAAAAAACUGAAAUUCAUUUUCCAGAAGCAGCUGCCAGCACGUGGCUUAGCAAAACGUCAGACAUCGUGCCAAACAACACUCAGUACAAAAAAAGACAUCUGAUAGCUAUACGGUACAACCACGAAAACCUACGCAGUGGUACAUAACAAAAGAGUUUCCCCACUGUAAAUUAGUAAAGAUACCAGCAGUCGAAUGGUUGACGAUUUGAAAUUGGAGAGAGUUGUUGCCAUGUAGUGAUUUGGGGCUACUUGGUUACAAUCUGUGUUGGACAGUUCCCAGGAGGAUUGCAUAAGGAAAUUAAAUAUCCCAUAGCAACGUAGGCCUCUUGUACGCCACCUGCGUAUAAAUUGUCAAACAGGGGCAGAUGCCCUUUUUGAAGAAAACAAUGGGCUUAUAAAAACAUUCAUUUAUUAUUUACAGAGGGGUGGGACCACACUGAGACGUACAGUAUGCAACCCGAUUUUUUUCUUCCACAUAAUGGCUUUGCAUUACAAAUUAGCUCAGUUAGCCUGCACAAACAAUGUGGGAGUGAUUAGAGUCUCCGAAGACACAAUGGGGCCAGUGUGCCGUGCAAGGGAGGGCGUACUCUCUACACAAAGCGGGAUCCGUCUCGAUACCGGGUUACACAGAACAACAGAGGCCGGUGGAGGAAGCAAGGCAUGAGCACAGCGGCAAAGCGUGCCGCCGCCUCCAAGGACUCGGCGUCGGCGUCCCGCGACAAGGCAAAGGAUCGCCUGCGCCAGGGGACGAGCAAGAAAUCCUCAUCGGGGCCUGCGUCAUCGUCUUCAUCGUCUGGGCCCAGCACGAGUGAGCAUGUGGCCUCACGGCGUCCGUCGCGCAGCCGCCUCACUGACACGGGCGAUGCUACGCGGCCCGGCGGUGGCGGGCGGACCCGGACGGCCGCAACGGACGGGCACGUCCAAGGUGGCAGCGGCGAGCAGGCGGCGCUGGAGGCGCGGGUGAAGGCAUUGCUAGCGUUAGCCGAGAGCAAGGACUCGGAGAUCGGCCAGCUGAAGGGGCAGCUACGUGCCAUGAAGGCACAGCUUGGCAUGGAGGAAGAGCUCGAGGCAGAGCCUGAGCCUGAGGUGGAGGUAGAAGCAGAGGUGGAAGCUGAGGUGGAGCCGGAGCCGACUCAGGCGCCUGCAGCGCAGGGCAUCUCAUGCGAUGUGGAGGCGGCACUGGGCCAGCUGAUGGAGCAGAAUCGUGCCAUCCGCGGGGAGCUGAGCCAGCUGAAGAGCGAAAACCGCAUGCUGAAGGACCGUCUGAAUGCACUGGGCUUCUCACUGGAGCAGCAGCAGCACCUGCAGCAGCACCACUCUGAGCGGCUGCAGAGUCUGGGCAUGUGCGGCGGUAUCGACCCGCUACCGGCGUCGGCGUCGUCCCGCGAGGGCUCGUCGCGUGGCUCUCUGGAGGACCUGCUGAGCCAGGAUGGCAGCAGCUGCUGCACGCUGGGGGAGUCUCAGCCGCUCAGCAACUCGGUGGACAACCUGGACAGCGAGUCGAGCGAGCUGCCGCCGUAUGGGGGCGCCACGUCGAGCGACGACGCUCUCGACGCCUCGUCCGAGUCGGAGGGUGGACCCACACCUGCCCCGGACGUGGAGCGAGAGCCGGAGCCGGAGUCGGAGCUGCGGCCGGAGUGCGGGCAGCCGCGGGCGGUGCAGGCAGUUGGCAAGGCCGGUGUCGGAGGGGCGACCGGGACGAGUGAGGUGUCGGUGGCGUGCCUGACGGAGAAGAUCCACCAGAUGGAGGAGAACCAGCACAGCACAUCGGAGGAGCUGCAGGCCACGCUGCAGGAGCUGCAGGAUCUGCAACAGGUGGCGCAGGAGCUGAGCAACGAGAACGAGCGACUGAGCGAGGAGCGCGCCCUGCUGCUCGAGACGCUGUGCCAACAGGGCGAGCGCCUGGACGAGCUGUCGCGCCAGGCUGACUGCUACCGCGCCAUGCUGGCCCAGGAUGGCGGUGCCAUGCCGCCGUUGCAGGCCGGCGACAUGGGCGCGUGCGGCGGCGCGGCGGGAGACGCGCUGGGGCUGAAGAGCGACGGGCGAGUGCAGGAGCUCGAGAGGGGCUACCUGCAGCUGGCAGAGAGCGCGCAGAUAGAGCAGGAGCAGCUGCUGGGGGUCCAGCAGAGGCUCACGGCGGCGCUACAUGCGGCAGAGAACGAGCACGCCGAGGCGGAGAGCAUCAUACAGAACCUCAAGGAGCGAAACCGGCAUCUGGAGCGGCUUUUGGAGGCGGAGCAGAAGAGCAAGGCGCUGCUGGCAGCAUCCCUGGAAGACUACCAGGCGGCGGUGACGUCCGGCAAGCAGGAGUCCGCCCGCCUCAAGGGACACCUGGACGAGGAGAGGCGGCGUCUGGCCGAGCUGUACUCGCUGCACAACGCGGGAGAAGACCUGGACCUGUGCGUCCUCCUCGACUCGGCGCGGGCCGACAAGGAGCGCCUGGAGAGCAUGUGCGCCAACGUGCAGGAGGAGCUGGAGCACAGCCAGGCCGAGGGUCACAAGCUGCAGACCGAAAUCGAAAAGCUGUCGGAAGAGCUGAACGAGGAAAAGCGGCAGUGCUCAGAGAUGGCGCGCACGCUGGAUAAGUUGCGCGGGGAGCUCGAGGAAAAGGAGACGGAGAUUGCCGACAUGAAGGAGACCAUCUUUGAGCUGGAGGACGAGGUGGAGCAACACCGUGCCCUCAAGCUGCAUGACAACCUCAUUAUCUCCGAACUCGAAGGCACUGUUCGAAAGCUGCAGGACCAAACGCACGACUAUGAGCGGGAAAUCAAGAUCCUCAGACGCAAGCUGCGGGAUGAAUCGGAAGAGUGGCGGCAGUUCCAGACCGACCUGCAGAUGGCCGUGGUGAUAGCCAACGAGAUCAAGGCCGAGGCCCAGGAGGAGAUCGACGAGCUGAAACGGCAGCUGCAGGAGGAGCAGGAGCGGAACCAUAAGCUGUCGAUGGAGUGCGAGGAGCUCAAGAACCGCAGGCACGAAGGCCACCACAAACGUACCACACAAUGGGCUUCCAUGAAGAAGCAAGAGGAGGAGCACCAGCAGCAGGCCCAGCAGCAGCAGAGCCGCAUGUUCAAGUUCAGCCCAGCGGUGGAGCGCGACCUGGCCGCCCUGAGGCAGAGCGUCGUGAGCAGCCGCAAGUCGUCGCUCGCCGCCGAGCCCUCGCCCACCGUCAAGACGCUCAUCAAGUCGUUCAACAGCGCCUCUCAAGUUUCUCGCGGCGCCGCCAGUGCCGUGCCCACCUCACCCCGCACGCCGCUCAGCCCCAGCCCCGUCAAGAUGCCACCUGCUGCUGCCGUCUCACCCAUGCAGAGACACUCGAUUGCGGGACCCGGAUCCCCAGCCGCAAAGCCAAUAUCGGCACUCACCGACAAGCGGCCCAGCUUUGGAGACCUGAGCACCACAGGCGACUUGAUUAUGAGGGCGGCAGCAAGUCGAGGUACGACCGGUUUGGGUCGGGCGAGUGCUCUGGACUCUGCUGGAGUUCUGCGGCGGGGCCCAGAUGAGUCCGGCCGGGACCUGAUGGUAACGGAUGGCACGUCACCAUCGCCGUCCGCCACCCUGCCUCCCGGGACCUCGGUCUCCCCCAAGCUGAGCCUGCCGGGCGGAUCGGCCACAAUGUCCGUCAGCCCCACCCCACGCAGCCGCAUCAGUGAGGAGAGGAAGGACCCUCUUGGGGCGUUGGCCAGGGAGUACGGGGGUUCCAAACGCAAUGCCUUGCUGAAGUGGUGUCAGAAGAAAACGGAGGGCUACCAAGUGAGUAACAUUGAUAUCACCAACUUCAGCAGCAGCUGGAAUGACGGCCUGGCAUUCUGCGCGCUUUUGCACACCUACCUACCAGCUCACAUCCCAUAUGCUGAGCUGUGCAGCCAGGACAAGAAGAGAAACUUGACACUUGCCUUCCAGGCUGCGGAAAGUGUUGGAAUCAAGCCCACGCUGGAUAUCAAUGACAUGGUACACACCGAACGACCAGACUGGCAGAGUGUCAUGCACUACGUGACAGCCAUUUACAAGUACUUUGAAACCUGAGCGGCUGUUGGUGAACGCAUCUUCGGAGGUCCGAGAAGCAAAGUUCGAUGAAAUCUCGUUGAUUUACCGAGUGAAGCGCGGGAGCGACGACGUCAUCGACUUGGACGUAAAACGACGUUCGCAUCGCUGUCGUUCCACUUCUAGAACACUCCGUAAAUGAACCAGCGAUUCGAUCCUGAAGAUAUUGGCAGGGCUUUUUGCACGCACACCUCCGUAGAAUUUCCCCCCCCCUUUUUAUUUUUUUACCAGGUAUGGCCCACUGAGCUCUAUAGCUCUUUUUUCAGAAGCGACAUGACCACAUGUAAUAGCUCAACAAAGGGGCUUAUCCUGUGGAAAUUAAUAGCCAAAUUACUCCAUACGUGUGACGUUGAUUCUAAAUAUAGAGGGGAAAAAUCUGGAGGACCCGGAGAAAAAUUGCACGCGACCACGGGGAGAACGUGCAAACUCCAAAUAUACAGCAGCAGCAGGCGUCAGGGUCGGGAUCGAACCCACGUCCUCCUGUAUAACAGGCGAGGUAGUUAACAUCUCCUAGCCACCGUGAUGAUGACGAGUGUGAGACAAGCAAACUCCAAAUAUACAGCAGCAGGCGUCAGGGUCGGGAUCGAACCCACGACCUCCUGCAUACCAGGCGAGUUAGUUAUCGUCUCGCUACCGUGGCGCCGUUUGAUGCUACAUUGUAUGGGAACACGAAGCCGCCAGGAUGGGGUCAAGUGCGUCAGCUGAAUUGGGUAUGGGGAUGACGAGGAGGCUCGGGCCGUGAAGGUGGCCGGCAGGCUGGCUGGCGUGGCUCUGUUGAACCGCCUCGGCCCGUAAGUCGCACUUCCAAAACGUCGUUGACCAAAGGUCUUCAAAGAUUUAUUUUUUGUUUCAAGUCAGCCUUGAUAGCACCUUCGUAUGGUUUCGUUUUGAUACUUUUCUGCAACAGAUUCAUUGUACGGAUUAUGUCACCCGUUCCGGAUGGCCGACCGUCAUUUCCAUAAGCGUUUAUGUAGCGUUAACUUUACAUUGAAGGUGAAGUGUAAUUAGGGGAGGCAGUCACUUGAAACGAUGGAGAAAAAAGCAUUAUUGUGAAUUAUUUAACACAACUCCAGUAUUUGCAAUGUUACAUUGCGGUAUUUGUCUUUUGUUGUCAAGUAGAGAAAUGAAGGAAACACUAAAACAGCAAAAUGUGUAGGGAAAUAAGGCUGAAGUCUUUGACACUAGUUUUUUGUAACGAGUUCCUUACAUUCCACAUUUUAUUACACUACGCAGACAAUGUGGCAUUUCAGCAGAAGAUUUCUGCCUCGUUUUGUCUAAAGAAAUAUUUAUGGUGGUAACGUGUGAUGCUUAAUUCACUUAGAGGACUGGUGAGAUUUGUAGUUUGUCUGGCAUUACUCAUGCUGUUCGAGCCAGGGUUGUUUGUCUCUGUUUCAUGGUCACGUUCUAAAAGGUAUAUUUUUUUUCUAUAAUCACGUUUUUGAGCCAAGUGUUUUUUUGAGUGGGCCCCAAGCAGAAGGGAACGCGGAAUGUACACGCGGAAAAGACUUGACGUUUUCACGCCGAUAUAAAAUGCACUCCCGCGCCCUCCAAUCCAUGACAUUGACAGUGCAUGAGCUUGUACAUUCAUGGUAUCCGCCCUGUCCCCCCCCCCCCCGCGGUCUGAGCAUUCCCAUCCGUCGGCGAUUAAUGUGAAGUGCACUGGAAACAUUUAAUGAACGGUAAAACACUGGGUUGGUGAGCUCCCAUCAAUCCGUGCCUCUUGUUGUGCGCCUGCCUGCCUCUUAUACUGCCUGGUGACGGUGUCCUCCUUUCGACCAACGCAGCACUUGAGCCUGUGUCCUGGCCAGAGAGAGAGGGGGGGGGGGGAGUGAAUUUGUGGGUGAGUGCCCUUGCUUGCUUAUGUGUAGAGAGUACUUGCAUGUUGUAGGCGAGGUAGAGCAGCGUGAAUGAAGGUGAAAAGUGCGGACGGCCUUUGUCGAGUGGAAUUGGAAAGGACGUUGAAGAAAAGGGUCCUAGAGAGCAGCGUAAACCGAUGAUUUUGCUGGCGGAUUUCUUGUGAUUAUUAAGCCGUGCCUCGCCCACAUUGGUUGGUGGAUGCAGGUGCGUGGGAACAGUUUGCAAUUUGGGGGGGGGGGGGAUUAACUAGUGAUGGGGAGCCCAUUAAGGCAAUUAAGGGGCCACGUCAUAUGCUUUGCCCCUGCGCAAAGUGUAACGGGCAGAGGGAGCGAAUUCCCCUCGUCCACUACAUUCCCGCGCCUAUGGGGUGACUCCUUCACUGAAUGGCGAUGAAGCGCGGUGAGAAAUAUCCCGUGCCUUGCACCACUCGCUCGCUCACCCUCCCACUCUCCCUGCUCCCGACAGUUCAAUGCCAUUUGGGCCACAUGUGCUCAAAGGUGCUGGGUCCACAGUGCCUGGUUUAAAUGGGAACGCGUUGAGGGCACGUACAGGGUUCGCCUGAAUGUGUGCCGCGUGCGUCUGCUACUAAUUGACCGCACUCAACGACGGGUGCUCCGACACAAGGGACGGUCAUCCAUUCGUUUUUUGAGCAGCUAUCCAAUGAAUGCCAUCUCGCAAACCGCAUGGGUGGGGGGGAAUUGUUGCAAUGGCGUGAAACCGUCCUUUGGAAUUCGUGUCCAGUAUUUUCACACAAUACUUGAACGAUACAGGAAUACAUUAAAACCAGUUUUGCACAAGAGACAACUGUAUGGUUGAAGAUUGCAUGGCUUGAAAAUGUAAAUGGAUAACGGCUUAUUGACAUGUACAUUCUCAUGCGAUUUCCCCCCCCCCCCCCGCCAACCACCGCCAAACUCGACGUUACGUUAUAAAGUUCACCCGUAUUUUCUCGUUUCGCACCCGGGAGGAAAUUGUAGAAAUGUUCAAGGUGGCAUUAAUUGGCGUUCAUACUUUUAAAUAUGGGGGGGGGGGGGUGUACACGGUUCUCCCUAUAAAUGUCCCUCAUUACCCCCUUGUCCUCCUCUCUCCCCCCAACUACUACCCUGCAUGUCCCACGACUGCCCCUUGUCAGUGGUGUAAUGUCAGCUCGGUGUGUGGAAUGUGCGCACCGUGAAGACAAUUCUGGAUAAUUAGGGACAAGCAUGGUGCUGUAAAGGAGGUGAAGUUUUGCAUAAAUUGCUAUUAUUUUUGUUACGUGGCUUAGCUGAUUCACACUUCCAUUGAGAUCUGUUUCAAGAGACCUCGGAGCACUUGCAAUUUUGGUUUGUGUAAUUCGUAGAUAAUGCCGAUGUGGAAAAAAAAAACACUUAAUCGCAAUACCAUGCAAUGCUACGUCGGUCAUUUGAAUAGACCCAGGUGAAAGUGAAUGACGGUUGAAACAGUACAUGGAUGUGAUAUGUCUCAAGUCCCAAAUGUGUAUCUGUUCCAACGGCCAUGGUGGAGGCGAUGCUCACGUCUGUCAUUGGCUGUAAACCAGCGAUGAAGACUCUACAUUCCUAUGACAGGGACCAGUUUUAUCGUAUGGACCAUGCUUGACUUCCCAACAAAGCGGUAUCGUAUUCCUUUUAUUUACCACUGAGAGAUGAUGGGUUUAUAGUUCUGGCCACCUUGUGUUUCUUGCCGAGUAAAGCGUUCGGAGUAACAGCCACGCGGCGGGUCGAGUUGAGACUCGUCACAUUUGGCGGUUUUGUAGGAUUUCACUGCCCACCAGUGCCCCCCUUUUUCCGUGCUUUUCACGGACAGAAUGGUGCCGUAUGUUCAACAAAUUUCAAAUGCCCCUUUUCUACAAGCAAAGUACAGGUUUGCAUUGAAUUGAUUGUACACGUUUUGUCGCGUGAAAAUAGCCGUUGGGCUAUUACAUGAACACUUACAAAUAUUUUAUGCUUUUUUUUACAUACAUUCUUAUCGAUAAGUGAUAUUGCUGACAACAAUAAACAGUACAUAUUAUA